AUGGACAGCGACCUCAUCGCACUCGUCAACAAGCUCCAGGACACGUUCAACGCCAUCGGCGGCGACGCAGUUGACCUGCCGCAGAUCGUCGUCGUUGGCUCCCAGUCGUCGGGCAAGUCGUCCGUCCUCGAGACUAUUGUCGGACGCGACUUUCUUCCUCGCGGCUCGGGCAUCGUGACCCGCCGCCCACUCGUCCUCCAACUCAUUCACACCUCUGGCCUUGGCGGAGCCACUCAGGCGAGCACGUCGCAAGGUGGCCGCAGCUCGCCAGACCGCAACACGCUCGACGACGGGUACCUUCCAGACCUCGGCGGCGGCAAGUCUGGCUCAGGCCGCUCGAUGGGCGGCGACACUGGCAUCGACUAUGCCGAAUUCCUCCACCUCAACCGCCGUUUCACCGACUUUGACGAGGUCCGUCGGGAGAUUGAGGCCGAGACCUUCCGCGUUGCUGGCCAGAACAAGGGCGUCUCAAAGCUGCCCAUCAACCUCAAAAUCUACGGACCAGGUGUACUCAACCUCACCCUUGUCGACCUUCCUGGUCUCACCAAGGUGCCCGUUGGCGACCAGCCUAGCGACAUUGAGCGCCAGAUCAAGAACCUCGUGCUCGACUACAUCACCAACCCCAAUGCGGUCAUCCUCGCUGUUUCCCCGGCCAACGUCGACCUGGCCAACUCUGACGCUCUCAAGCUGGCGCGCACGGUCGACCCCCGUGGCCUUCGCACGCUCGGUGUGCUCACAAAGCUCGACCUCAUGGACGCCGGGACCAACGCCCUCGACGUUCUCACCGGGCGGACAUACCCGCUCAAGCUCGGGUUUAUUGGUGUCGUGAACCGCUCGCAACAAGACAUCAACCUCGACCUGCCGAUGGAGGACGCGCGCCGCAAGGAAGAAGAGUUCUUCACGCAGCACCCUGUGUACCGCAACAUUUCUCACCGCUGCGGCACGCGCUUCCUGGCCAAGACUCUCAACUCUGUGCUCAUGAACCACAUCCGGGAAAAGCUCCCAGACAUGAAGGCGCGUCUCAACACGUUGAUGGGUCAGACGCAGCAGGAGCUCAACUCGUUUGGCGAUGCAACCUUCCUCGGCGAGCAACACCGCGGCUCGCUUAUCCUCAAGCUCAUGACCGAGUUUGCCCGAGACUUUGUCUCGUCCAUCGAGGGUACGAGCCUUGACAUCUCGACCAAGGAGCUGUGUGGCGGCGCGCGCAUCUACUACAUCUUCAACGAUGUGUUUGGUCACGCUCUGCAGUCGAUCGACCCCACUCAGAACCUCACCGUUACCGACAUCCGCACCGCGAUCCGCAACUCGACCGGCCCCAGGCCCUCGAUGUUUGUUCCAGAAGUGGCGUUCGACCUCCUGGUCAAGCCGCAGAUCAGGCUGCUCGAGUCACCGAGCUUGCGUUGUGUCGAGCUCGUCUACGAGGAACUGAUGAAGAUUUGCCACAACUCGACCAGCCCCGAGCUCCAGCGGUUCCCCGGCCUCCACGCCCAGCUCGUAGAGGUCGUGUCGGAGCUCCUCCGCGAGCGUCUUGGGCCCACGUCCGACUACGUCUCGAGCUUGAUCCAAAUCCAGGCAGCAUACAUCAACACGAACCACCCCGAUUUCCAGGCUGGCACUGCUGCCAUUGCGCGUGCUGGCGCCCAGAUCUCGCUCCCGCCACCCAGGCCGCUCAUCUCGCCUGACGAGUCGGUUCUCGAGGGCGACGAGUCUUCGUCCGACUCGGACGCUCCUCUCCCUGUCAAUGGUAGCACUAAGGGCCACCAUCACGGCAAGGGCUCGACCAUUUCUGUGCCCGAGGCUCGCAACUCUGGCUCCAAGAUCCUCGACGCGGCCAAGUCAGGACACUUCAGAGCCUCUUCGCACUCUGGUCCCCGGUCACCGCACCCAGGGUCGACACAAGCGGGUCUCGGUAGCUCGCCAAACCACAACGCCAACAAUGCCAAGGAGACGUUCCUCAACUACUUCUUCGGCGGGCCAAACGGGCCAAACGGGAUGGGCCCAGGGCCAUCUGGCGCUGGCCACCACCGCCGUGGCGGUCCCGAACCCCGCACAGCAGCGACGUCGACGCAUGACAUCCUGCCGGAUCUCGGUACGCGUAGAACUGGCGGUGCUCCCGGCAGCCUGGACCAGACGAACGCGGCCUUUGACAUGAAGAGCCUAAGCAAACACAUCGACCCGUCGGAGCAGCCCGUCCAUCUGACGCCGAAGGAGGAGAUGGAGGCGAACCUCAUCCGCUCCCUCAUUGCCAACUACUUCAGCAUUGUGCGACAGACGAUCCAGGACCUGACCCCUAAGGCGAUCAUGCACCUGCUCGUCAACUUCUCGAGGGAUGCGAUCCAGCAGCGCUUGGUCACGCAGCUUUACAAGCCAGAGCUGUUCGGUGAGCUGUUGCACGAGGACGAGGCGCUCGUGGCGGAGCGGACGCGCGUCAAGUCCCUGUUGGACGCGUACAAGGAGGCGUUCCGUGUGCUGUCCGAAGUGUCCCUCAAGAGCUCGUAG